AUGCCUUGGUGCAGAUGUGGUGUCCUACUGGUGCUCUGCGUCUGUCCUCUAGCCUGCCUUGUAACGUCUCCCUGUCCUCCCGGCUGCUGCUGUUCUCGCCCAGGAUUUUUGGUUUUGUGCGAGUCCCUGGGUCUCAGGUCACUCCCUCGCUCUGUCCCUUUCAGCACCUCGGCUCUAUCUGUGGCCAGGAACCAGCUCUGUAAUGUGGACCACCUGCUCCGGCCCUUCUCCAGCCUGCAGGAGCUGAGCCUCAGUCACAAUCUGCUGAGCCGCUUCCCUCGCGGCCUGCCUCCCAGCCUGGAGUCCCUGCUGCUGCAGGAAAACCGCAUCACUUAUAUCACCUCAGGCGCCCUGCGGCAACUGGGGAACCUCACUCGCCUGGAUCUGGAGGACAACCGCAUCCGUGCCAUCCAACCGGGGGCACUACAGGGUCUUAACAAGCUCCAGGUCCUGACACUUAAGGGGAACAAGCUCACAAGCCUCCCUCUGAAUCUUCCACCGUCGCUGACCCAUUUAGACCUCUCAGCAAACUGCAUCUCUGUCCUGGAUCUGCCCUCGCUGUCCGCCCUGGUCAACCUGCAGGUCCUGAAGAUCAACAGCAACUGCCUGCGUUCAGUCCCAGAGAGUGCCUUCGAUGGCCUGCCACGUCUCAGAUCUGUGGACCUCAACAACAACCUCUGGGUGUGCGAGUGUGACAUUUUGUAUCUUUACCGCUGGCUGCUGAGUGGUAGGCUGAGGAUGGCCACAGACCUGGUGUGCACAGAGCCCGUCCAUCUCGCUCACCGUCUGCUUCUGGACCUCUCUGUUGUGGCUAUCUGUCCUUGGGUCCUGAAGCCAAAUGAGGGGAUGCACCAACUGGACCUCAACUCUGCACUGGAGAGAAAGCUGGAGACGCCCAAAGUGAAGCCAACGGGACCAAGCUCAUUUGAGAACAAGAGCUAUUUGGGGAACUUGUUAGAGCAAAUAUCACAAAAAAACACUGUAGGACUCAUUUCCAAAGAUGCUCCCAAGACUCGUGUAUUACUUGAACACUACUCUUUAGAGACCCUUACCUAUGAGGAGUGUUUGUUGCUAAAUAAAACCCACUCAGUCAGCCCACCCCAUUUACAAACCACUACUUCUGUCCCUGAUGAGGGACACAAAUGCAGAAACAACAUCACAGGUCGGUACACUCAGAUCAACGCAACCUCUGCGGAAGGGACACGAUCUUUGCUUUCCACAAACAGAGAUGCACCCCGGCCAACUCCCGACCCCCAACCGAUCACACAACAAGACUCUGCAGUGGUAAUCUCUCUGCUCGCAGUGUUAUGUGUAUUGGUAGUUGUCCUAAUUCUGGCAGUGCUACUUGUACUGAAAAAGGUGCUUCUGCGCCAACAGAGGGUGGCUCCGCUAAACGUAGGAUCUGGUGGAUGA